CAGAUCCCAAAUGCCUCCUUGCGUCGCAUUUUGAUGUGAUUACACGAUUCAUAAUUGUUAUCUUGACAAUCCGCGAUUCACACAACGCGGAGAUAUAAUACAGCACGCCACGCUGCUCGCAGCUCUUUAGCUUAGCGCUCCUGUAACGGUGUUUUCUCCCUUCGCAUCGCCGAGAAACAUGGCUGUCGACGCCGAGAAGGGAAGGUACAUGAAGCCGGAAGGCUCGAGGACUUGGGAGUACCUGGUCUGUCUCACCUGUACUAUCAUGUCCACGGUCGUCGGACUCGUUCAGGGGUGGAACUCACCGGCCAUUGUGGCUCUCAUGAUGCCGGACUCACCGAUUCCGAUCAUCGCCUCCGACGCCUCUACCUUGAUAGCCGUAAUCUCUGUCGGCUUCGUGAUAUCUACACCGUUAAGCAUGUACCUGAUUGAGAAGAUAGGGAGGAGGAAGGUCAUGCUGAUGAGCGCGUUGCCGAUGAUAGUCGGCUGGGGUCUCAUCACGGUCGCCACGAACAUUUGGAUCCUGUACACGGCGAGAUUGUUGAACGGUGUAGCUGUCGGCUUGUUCCUAAAUCCGCUAUCGAUAUACAUGGGGGAAAUCGCGUCACCGUGCUUACGGGGGGCCGGGCUGACCAUAAAUAUACUGAGCUUCAACGCCGGCAUUCUCCUAGGGUACGUGAUCGUUCCGCUUCUGUCGCUGUCGAUGUCGUCGGCGAUCUUCAUGAGCAUAACCGUCGCUUUCCUCAUCAUGUUUUACUUUAUGCCGGAAUCACCGUACUACUUAGCCAUGAAGGGCAACAUAGAGGACACGGAGGCGGUGCUGGAGAAACUGCGCGGCAAGACGGACGUCUCCGACGAGCUCGAGGUCGUCCUCGAAGCGAUCAAAUCCAAGAGUAGUCAGCGGACCGGCGGCUUAACGGAGCUGCUGACCGUGCGCACCAAUCGGCGCGCUUUCAUCAUCAACAACAUCCUCAUAUGCAGCAUGCACUUCGGCGGCUUCUUCACGAUGAUCGCGUUCGUCCAGUUAAUCUUCCAGUCGGUGACGAGCGUGUUCUCCGAUCGUACGGUCGCCAUAGUGCUGGGUGUGGUGCAACUGACCUCCGUGUUGAUCACCGCCUUCGUGGUUGACCGGCUCGGCCGCAAGCCGUUGAUAAUGGUCUCCGGCGUGAUGGUCGCGACCGCGAACCUCGUGAUCGCUGUGUUCUUCUACAUGAAGGACUUCCUGUACAUGGACAUGUCGUCGUACUCAUUGGUGCCGUUCAUCGCGACAAUAGUGCUGAUGUUCGCCAACAACUGCGGCGCAAUCAGCCUUCAUAUAACCGUGCAGUCCGAAAUCUUCGCCACCGAGAUCAAGGCGCUCGCUACAUGCCUCGGAGGCAUCCUCGGCGCAGUUUUUCACAUAAUAUCGGCCAAGACUUACAUCCUGAUGGCCGUCACCUGGGGCUACGGCCCGAUGCCGGCCUUUCUGUCGUACUUCGUGACCGUGGUGAUAUGCACCGUCGUGACUCUCCGUCUUAUGCCGGAGACGAAGGGCAAAACCUUUGUGCAGAUACAAAAGGAGCUGGACAAUUGAGAGCCGAGGAACGAACCAGCGCUUUUUCCGGUUGUUCGAGGAGGAUCCUUUAUUGGACACCGAGGGAGGCCAUAUUGCCUCGUAAAUUGCGCGUCUUAAAGAAAGAUAAUUUCGUAUCAACGGGCUCGCCGAAAAUUUCUAUCCGAUCCUACGCGGCCGCCGCCGCCGCCGCCGCCGCCGCCGCCGCUGCCGACGAUGUCACCGACGUCCUCAGCGACGGGAAGGAGGAAAUUGAAAAUCACGUCCGGGAACGGGAAGUCGAAAGAGAUAAGCUUUCAAGAUGCACGAGCGGCGCGAGCGAAUUUGGGCAACCGCGUUGAAAUUGCCCGCAAUGUUGAUGCACGUCGCGAUAGAACGCGCUCAUGGAACGCUGCAUCUCUCUCUCUCUCUCUCUCUCUCUCUCUCUCUCUCUCUCUCU